AAACACAUUCAGUAUAUGAAUCAAAGAUUCUUUGUUUGUUGAUCUAGUGUUUAGUGCUUAGCUUUCUUCAAUUAAAUUAUGUUAAUAUUUGUCCGUGGUUUAUCUGGUACAGUCACACCUCUUAAUGUGAGUCCUCAUGACAGUGUAUUGUCUAUAAAAAUAAGGAUAUUUUACUUAAAAAAUAUAUCUGUUCACGACCAACACUUAUUAUACUCUGGUGUUGAAUUAACAGACCAAACAAUUCUGUCUACCGUAAAUAUUGGACAUGGCGCUUUAUUACUUCUUGUCCUAGGAUUAAGAACUGGACCAUUAGGUAGAUAUGAUUUAUGCACAUCAACCAAUCAAAAAUAUUCCAAUAAUGACAUUUCAUCACAGUCUACUAAUAAUAAUAAUAAUGACGAAACGGAAUAUACACGAUUGUUGUCUCUCUUGUCAUCCUCCUCUUCUUACCCAUCCGUGUCAUCAUCAUCAGCAGCAGCGCCAACUGUCGUUUUUCCAUCGAUAUGUGUAACAGCUGUUGUCAAUGCAACUAAAAUAGCAUCAGAUGAAUUAGAACAAACUGAAACUAAUCUACUAAUGAAUUCAUUUGAAUCCUAUAAUGACAAUAAUGAUGACACUAUUAAUUCUAAUUGUUUCACAUCAUCAGAUGAUGAAAUUUAUCGAAUUGCUGAAGUUCUUGGUUAUGCUAUUGAUAACAAUGAACAGUUGUUAUCACCUUCAUUAUAUGAUUUUCCUACAACAGUAACGGACGAAAGUCAAUUAUAUGACUAUGAUAAUAAUGAUAUUGAUGAGACUGAUAUUUAUUAUCAUUAUGAACAGUCGUUUACUCCACCUCAACAAUUGAGUUGGGUAAUAACACCAAGUUAUAAUUCCACACAACAAUUAAACAUACCAGAAACCAAUUCAUACGAAUUAUGUGAUAAUAUCAAUUCAAACAACAAUUCAUUUCAAUAUAUUCAUGGAUUUAAAACUAUUGAAUCACCUUCUAAACAUUAUCAAUCAACUGAUUCGUUAUUUGAUAAAACCAAUACAUCUACUUCUACUACUACUAGUAGUAGUACCAAUAGUGUUAUCAUGAAUUCUUCCUAUGAUCAAUUGAAAGAUAAUUCAAUCUUUUCUUCUCUGAAAGAAGAAUCAUAUUUAUCUUCACCGAAUAUAAAUGUUAUAGUCGAUAAUGAUAAUAAUAAUAAUAAUAACCAUACUAUUGUUGAUGCCAAAAGAUCUACACGUAAUAAUGAUAAGACAACUGCUAUGAUUGUUCACAAUGAUGAUGAUUUUCAUUUGGAUAGACACUAUUCCAAUUCAAAUACUAUUCCUUUAUUGAAUACUACUACCAAUUCUACUACUAUUACACAUCUUCCUAUUUCAUCCGGUGAUAAUUCUAUCAUACAAUUAUUGAAUAAUUCAACUAUUAAUUUCAUUAAUAAUCCAUUAAUUAUCAAUCAUUUUCAAUCAUUAAUCAAUUCACCUUGUUCAUAUUCAUUUUAUUUAAUGAUGCAAAUGAAAUUAUUAUGUAAUAAUCAAUUUCAUUCAAAUGAAUAUUUAUUUAAUUUAAUACCAAAUAAUAAUAAUAAUACUAUUGUUAUGAAUAGAAGAACAUCAUAUACAACCAAAACUUUCGAAUCACCACUGGAUCAAAAUUAUCUUCCACAAAUCACUAAAAGUCAUUCCAAUCAUUUAAAUAACAAUGAAUAUAAUAUUACUGAAAAGUUAUUAAAUGAUACUAGACGAUAUAACAGACAAACAGAAUUCAACUUGAACUGUAAUGAUAAUGAUGAUUUUCGACAAAUGUGUUUAUCGAAUACUACCAUUGACAGAUCUUCAUCACAUUCUCUUCAGUCGUUAUCAUCAUCGUCUCCUCCAUCAUCAUCUUCCUCUUCUUCUUCUUCCUCUUGUAAUACAACUAUACAUUCAAAUCAGUCCAGAUGUUAUGAGUGCAAUAGACGAACCCGAUUAGCUUGCGGUUUUACCUGUCGAUGUGAAAGAUGGUUUUGUUCUAGGCAUCAUCAUCCAGAAGAUCAUCGAUGUAAUUUCAAAUUCAAAACAAUGGUAAAUUGAAUAAUAUUGAAAUAGAAUACUUUGUUACUCAGUUUCAUUUGAUAUUUCCUAUGAAAUCUAUUUAUAUUAUUUAAUUCGAUUAUCUUUUGAUGUCUUGGAUAUAUGUGGUGAUGAUGAUGAUGAUGAUGAUAAUAACGACGCCUAAAGUAGAUUAUUUGUAGAGUAUAAUUUCUAAAUGUCAAUUUUUACUGUUCAUUUCAGAUUCAUUAGUAAUUAAGUUUUAUAUGCUGUCGACAGAAUCAUCUCUUUGUCAUAUUCCGUACUAUCUUACUGUCUUACUGUUUUCAUAAUAGAAUGAAUGAUUGUUGUUAAGUAUAGUCGUCUUCUUUUUUAGGAAUAGUUUUUUUUCUUAUAUCAUUCUUUCUUCACUCAUUCCUGGGUUGUUUUUGUUGUUGUUGCCUUAUCUACAUAGUUUUUAUUCAAUGUCUAGUCGCUUUUUUCUCUCUCCCUCUCUAUCUCUCUCUGUUUUCAUCGUUAAAUCAAACUUACCAGUACAUUUCAAUACACAUUCAUAUACACAAAUACACAUAUAAACUAUUCACAUUAUAAUUGCUUAAGUGAUUAAAAUGUAAUACUCAACUUCCAAUCAAUAGGUUGUAAGUUCGAACCCUUUCACUCUCUAGUUUACUUAAGUUUAAACAAUUAGACUAUAUCUCUAUAGUAUCACUAAUCCAUACAUAGAAAUAAUACAGUCCGAAGUCAUAUGAAUCAAAUCUAUACUAGGUAUUUCAUUCCUAUUAGCAUUAAAAUGUGUGUGUGUGUGUGGGGGGGUAUUCUUAUGUUGUUUUUAUCACCGUACAUUCUGAUUCAUGUAUUGCUAUGUACUUUUUCUAAAUGUUUUGUUUUUGUUGUUGUUGUUGUUGCUAAUGUUUUUACUACUCUGUCAUACUUUGUUAAUCAAUUUUGUUUAGAAUUUCUUUGAUUGUGUUUUCUUUCUUUGUUUUUCUUUUUUUUUUCUUCUACAUUUUAUGAUGUUAUAAGAAAAGAAUUAAAAGUUAUGAUUAUUUCCAAUUUUGUAUUGUAUGGAUUAUGGAAUGAAUUCAAUACCAAGAGGUCUUAAUAAUAAAAAAAACUUCCAUUUUAAGGUUUAUAUUCCUAUUUGAUUGAAAAAUUAAUGAAUUUUCAUUAGAAUUUCUAGAUUAUUUAUUACAACAUUCACUUGG